AUGUCUGAGUUUUUGUCAACCAUAAGAGUUUUCCACAAUAUUUUCAAAUUUAUUGGAAUUUCACCAGUUGAUAUAUCCAAGUCAUCACGAGGAACCUCCUUCGCUUUCGCUGGUUACAGUUUAAUGAUAGUGUUGAUAACCUCUUUAUUACUCUAUGGCAGCGUUGUUAUAACCACGAGUAUUUACACUGAAAGUCAAUACAUCGCCAAACUACUGGACAACACAAACCUUUGGGCUAUCCUUUCAAUGCAUAUUUACGUCCAGUUCGAGUCCUGGCGGAAGCAUAAUGUUCUAGUGGACAUGACGAAACAGUUUGACGAAAUCGACCAUCAGCUAGUGAAGAAUUUUCAAGUGAAGUUUGACCGUGCUUUGUUAAGGAGGAAUAUCCUUCCAUUUGGCUUAAUAUACUCCUACACAUUCUCAUCGGUUCUAUGCCUUACAACCCUUCAUAUCUACUGGGAUUGUUGCUGGAUUUAUUGGCUCUUCACCUUCCUCGCUGAGUUUGUGGUACGUUGGAAAUACAUUCAGAUCUGCAUCUAUGUUACAUCGAUUGACGAGCGUGUCAAAAUAUUGGCGAAGGAGGGAAGAAAGUAUCUUAAGGAGCUGGAACUGACACGAUUUGAUAGCAGAAGGGAACGUGAGAAGGUUCUUGAUAAAAUAUUCUACUUUAAGGAUAUUUACACGAGGUUUUGGUGGAUAUGUGAUAGUUUCAAUGAUUGCUUCGGGUAUACUAUCGUUGUCUUAUAUCUGACCAGCUUUUUGAAUCUAAUAUCUCGGACGUUCUGGUUCUACAUAGGAACUCACGCUAAUUUAGAUUAUCCGGAGAAUCUCUUGGUUAGCAUUGAAUCUGUACUAUAUCCACCACCAAUCCUUCUGCAGCUAUUCAUCAUUAUGAAGGACAAUAGUGAAAGGAGAAACGAAAGGACAAAACAGAUAUGGCAUAGUAUACCGAAUUCGAGAUUUGAUCCGUAUUUAAAUCAUGCAAUUCGUGAGUUGAGUUUGCAGCUUCUCCAUGAGAACCUCAUUUUCACUGGAGCUGGAUUUUUCGAGUUGAAUUUCAAAGCACUUGGUGGGUUAAUCCUUGCAGCAACAAUCUACUUAGUUAUUCUACUCCAGUUUCAAACAGAAAGUUGA